AUUCCACUUUGUAACCCUCUCACCCUCCAGCUAGAGUCGUUUCCUUACUCAAUUAUCACUGAACCACUAGAAAUCAAGCAGACCAUCCUGAACAUAUGUUUGCUCGACGAAAAGAUGGGUGUUUCCUCUGAAAAGCAAAACAAUGCAGAGCCACAGCCAGUCGGUGACAGUGAAACGCAGUCCGACAAUUCAAUAAGUGACACUACAGCGCAUGAAGAUCUGAUUGAACCGACGGAAGAGGAUAUAGCAAAUUUACGACACACAGGAAGCAAAAUCCAGGCCACGGCAUGGCUGGUUGCACUCUUCUCGGGGGCUGAAAGAUUCGCUUUCUAUGCUUUACAAGCCCCAUUACAGAAUUAUAUCCAAAAUCCCCGGGAAAACUUUGGCCGUCCCGGGGCUCUAGACAUGGGCCAAUCGGUGGCCACUGCUCUUAAUUCUUUCCUGAGAUUACUCUGCUUCACCACACCCGUUUUUGCAGGGGUACUUGCAGAUGGUCAUUGGGGUCCAUACAAGACACUUGUUGUGUCUUGCGGGAUAUACCUCGCCGGUAUACUGUUGCUCUUGCUCACCUCUAUUCCCCCAGCGCUUGGCGCAGGUGCCGGUUUAGGUGGUCUCAUUGGUGCUUUUGUCUUGAUAGGAUGUGGUGUGGGAGGGGUGAAAUCAAGUGUUGCUCCAUUUACAGCGGAUCAAGUGGGUGGCGGUCGAAAGCACGUUGCUACGCUUGAGACUGGGGAGCGCGUUAUCGUGGAUCCAGAGCUAACAGUGAGGCGGGUUUACAGCAUUUUCUACUGGUGCAACAAUGUUGGCGCGCUAUCUGGUUUGGCCAGCACUUCCAUGGAAAAGUUCCUUGACUUCUGGACAUCCUUUCUGUUGGCACUGGGGGCACUUGCGUUUGGAACACUGGUGUUGAUCUUGGGGCAUCACAAAUUUUUCCGCCGAAGACCCGAAGCAAGCUUCCGCGCCAAGCUCUUGAGUGCAUUAGCUUGUGUUAUCAAAGGUGGAUUUCGCAUCGAUGCUGCGCAGCCAACCGAGCAACUCGAAAAGCAUGGCCGAGUUGUUCCUUGGGAUGAACAAUUUGUGGAAGACCUCCGCCAAGCUCUACAGGCUUGCAAAGUCUGGGCCAUAUAUCCAAUAGUCUGGCUAUGCUAUGACCAGAACCAGACAAACUUGAUCUCCCAGGCCGGGCAGAUGCUUACCCAUGGCAUCCCCAACGAUGCCCUUGCUAGCUUGAACCCAAUCUGCGUGCUCAUCAUCAUCCCAAUCACCGAGAAAUUUAUAUAUCCCUACAUGCAAAAGUUCAAGCUCUCGCCUCGAGCUACUGUCCGAAUGACACUCGGCUUUGCGCUGGUCGCAGCAUCAAUGGCUGUCGCAGCUGGUGUUCAGCAUGUGGUUUAUAGUGCUCCACCAUGCUAUGACAUGCCACUACAUUGUCCAGAAUCCGACAAUGGGAGAAAUCCAAACCGCGUCAGCGUCGGCAUCCAAGUUCCGGUCCACGUCAUCGGCGCACUAGGAGAGGUACUGUGGUCCGUGUCAGGGUCCGAGUACGCUUAUAACAAGGCCGCGCCCCACAUGAAAUCUACCUUGCAGGCUGUUACUAUGUUGACGGUGGCUCUUAACUCCGUUCUAGGGCUGGCAGUUUCCCCUGCGGCUCGGAAUCCAUACCUGACAAUACUCUUUGCGAGUUUUGCCGGAGCUAUGACUGUUACGUCCGUCGGAUUCGGUUGGCUGUUUUGGAACAGCGAUUAAGUAGUUAAACUGUAAUCUUCUCAUCAACGUCGGCAUUCAC